UCGUCUGCGGUUUCCAGGGAAUCCUUUUCUGUGAUCAGAAAAUUUUGCAGGUAUCGUUGGUUUGUUCAGAAAUUGACUGAAUUCGAACGCUCUGGAAUGGCGAAAAUAUUCCCAUCGGACUGGGAAAUGGGCAGACGACUUACACUUGAAUACUGCAAUAUGACAAGGGAAAUGUUGGAGAGAAUGAUGCGUCGAAGACGCGCUGAAUUGGAAUUCAAAGUUUUAGCGCAUGCUAUUAAUCACACGAUUAUGUUCGAAAGUUUAUUAUGCAAACGGUUUCCAGCUAAGGAAGGAUUCAAUUUUGAUAAGAUAAUCUGGCGUGUAUUUGACAAUUAUAUGGAUGUGUUGGUCGUUGCUCAGAAGAAGAAUCUUGACAAUUUCAUCGAAGGUUGCAUAACGAAGAUACGGAACGGCACUGAACGACCCACAAGAGAGUCCGCACCGAGCGCAUAUCCACUGCCGUCAUCAGCUGAUAUGUUUCUGUUGUUGAAGAAAAUCAUCGCGGAAUCGUCAAAACUCAGUUCCAAUCCUAGCGCGCUUCUUAAGUUUGUUUUU